AGAUGCUUCUGAUGCGAUUCACGACUCCCAGCUGCCACACAUACUGGACCACAAGCCUCCACACAAUUAGACCAAUGGAUCGACCAUCACAUCGAGCACUGUGUAUCAUCGAACUGCUUGAGCACAUCUUCAGCUUUCUUCCCGCGAGACAGCUGCUUGAAAUGCUAGCAGUGUGCCGGACUUUCGCCGCGACGAUCGUAGCAUCUCAAAGACUCCGAGACAUGAUCUCUCGUGAAGUCACUGCAUACGAGCUUCAAGCACGGACUCCUUCCUUCCCACCCUCUAUACAAGGCAUGCACUUCAGAACAAUCCAAACCAAAGGCGUAACAGGCCUUCUAGCCGUUAUCAACCUGCAAUGCUUCGACCGCAGGCAAUGGAACAGCUUGCGACACGCGAGACCCUUUCAUCGAUGUUACUUGGCGACACCGCCUCCAGUCUCGGCUACUGUCCAGGUAGACUGCUACUGCCCAACGAUACGACAACAAAAGCUGUUCCAGCGCCGUGGGCUAGAAUUCGGGCUUAUUUUCGCCGCUAUUGACGCGCUGACUAGUCGGAAGCUAUCUUGCAGCGCGUGCUCAGCGAGGUUUUACGUCCGCAUCAAUGCCGGUUUCGCGGUCUCGAAGCAAAGCGUCGAACGAAGACUCAGGUGCCUAGAGUCUAGUAGCACGGCAACGGCAACAGGUCGUCAAGACACCUAUUGAUCGGCUUAUCUACUCAGUAGCGCCAGUUGUUGUGUAAAGCUUAGGCGUAGAUGGGUCAACGCUAAUAGAGCAGGAAUAAUUUGGACUAUGCCUUUCCCGCCGCCACAAGACCUUCCAAAUCCUGAAACACUCGGCCAAUAACCCGAAGCCACCCUUUCAAGAUAUCUAAGAUGCGUUAGAACGAUCACUGUCUAUUUCUACGCGCCCACUCUGAGACAGGCUAGUCCUUUGCAGCAUAAGAAAUGAGAGUACCUUGGCAGGAUCAUAGGGCACCUAGCGUCCUGGCAAGCACUUCUAGAUAUCUAAAUAUGCAUUAUCGCGACAUUCCACACCUUUGCAUAAUAGCUAUUCUCUCCUCUGUAGCCUUCUGGUAGAUUAUUCGUAC